AACCAUGGCUUCAAUGUUCUUCUCUUCUCUCUACCCCAAUGCUCUCCUUCUUCUUCUCCUCCUCCUCUUCUUCUCCAUAUCUUAUGCAUCAACAACCAAUUCAAAAACUGUUGAUGUGAACACAGUCUGCAACUCCACCCUAUAUGCUAACUAUUGUAAAUCAGUUCUUCCAUCUAAUGGAUCAUUAACUCUACACGAGUAUACUCGAAUUUCAGUAAAGAAGUCCCUAUCUGCAGCAAAGCAGUUCUUAGAGUUGGUGGAGUCCUAUCUUAAAAACCAGUCUUCCAUAACAACCAUUGCAGCCCUUGAAGAUUGUCAGAUAGUAGCAGAUCUGAAUGUGGAUUUCCUCUCAGAAUCCUAUUUGAUCAUUAACGCGACCGAUAAUCUGAGCUCGCUGUUGAUUGUCGACGUGCAGACCAAGCUUAGCACCACAAUUACAGACCAGGAUACUUGCUUAGUGAGCCUUAAUGAGACUGCAUCAGCAGAGAGUGUUAAGAAUGCUCUUUACCCUUCUCUCACCAAUGGAACCAUGCUCUACAGUGUUUCUCUUUCAUUAUUUACUGAUGCUUGGGUCACUAAUACUACAGUUACGACAGUAAUCAGUAGAAGGAAGCUACUUCAGGUAGUGUUGGACCAGGUCCAUGUGAAUGAAACUGUGGUUGUGAACCAGGAUGGAAGUGGCAAUUUCACCACCAUCAGUGAUGCCAUUGCUGCUGCUCCAAACAAUACAAAUUCCCAAGAUGGUUACUUCAAGAUUCAUGUAGUUAAAGGGGUCUAUGAGGAGUAUAUCUCCAUUGCUAAAACCAAGAAGAAUAUUAUGAUUGUAGGUGAUGGUAUAAAUCAAACAGUGAUCACAGGCAACCGAAGCGUGGCUGGUGGAUCCACUACCUUCAAUUCUGCAACCUUCGCUGUGCUUGGACAAGGGUUUGUUGGAGUUAAUUUUACUGUCCGCAACACAGCGGGGGCAAUCAGUGGUCAGGCCGUGGCAGUCCGAAAUGGUGCAGACUUAUCGACAUUCUAUCUUUGUAGCUUUGAAGGGUACCAAGAUACCUUGUAUGAGCAUUCCCUGAGGCAGUUCUACAGGGAGUGUGAUAUAUAUGGGACUAUAGAUUUUAUAUUUGGCAAUGCUGCUGUGGUCUUCCAAAGUUGUAACAUAUAUGCAAGGUUGCCUCGACAAGGACAAUCUAAUAUAGUGACUGCACAAGGUAGAUCAGACCCAAACCAAAGCACUGGAACUUCAAUUCAGGACUGUAAUAUUAGGGCAUCUGCUGAGUUGCUUCUCAGCAGUUACACUGUAUUGACAUACCUAGGGAGGCCAUGGAAGGCUUAUUCUAGGGUUGUUGUUAUGCAGUCCUACUUGGGUAGCUUGAUUGACCCUGCUGGUUGGUUGGCAUGGGGUAGUGAUAAUUCCACACUAAGUACACUUUAUUAUGCAGAAUUCAGCAACACAGGACCUGGAUCACCAACUGCAAACAGGGUUAACUGGCCUGGUUACCAUGUGAUUAAUGCUACAGAUGCAGUUAAGUAUACUGUCUCCAACUUUAUAGCAGGAGAUUCCUGGUUACCUGCUACAGGAGUGCCUUACAAAGGUGGCUUGUUUUUUGAUUAAGAAUUUGGAUAGUUUAAAUAGUUUUCAUUUGUCUUAGUAGCUUGUUUCCUCAUUGAAUAAAAAUGUAAUAGAGAGCACUAGGUAUUGUAUUGUCUGGGACUAAGGAUAAGAAGAAGAAUAAAACUAUGAAGUUG